CUGACAAAGAAAUCAAGUGGAAAGAGUCUUUGAAAAAUCUUCAAGAUUUGCUGCAACAGAAAAUAGAAAAAACAAUAUAUAGUUUCUUGGUUAAUUCAAAUGAAUACAUUGAUAUAAAAACAUUCAACAUGCAGCACGUGCAAUACGACCACUUAGAUGAAUAUCCAACAAGAAAGAUUGAGAUUUAUCUAUGGGGAAACUUGUCACAGAUUCCAAGAUACGAAGGCCCCAAAUUUGCAGAAGGAGGGCAUGAAAUUCAAAUCCCUUAUUUCCUAAAGAUAAAGAAAUGCGCAAUAAUUAUUUUACACACAGCAUUUGAUUUUUAUUCUUCACUUCAUACAAUACCAGAAGAAGAAAAGUUAACAGAAGAGCAGAAAGAAACUGAGGUGGCAGCAUCACCGGACAACAUUGGCGGCGGCAUUGAGGUUCAAAUCCUGCCUGCCGAGCCGAAUAAACUGACAAUUGCAGAACAAGAACAAUAUUUGUCCCCAAAGACUCCCUCUUCUAAACGUGAAAGUUUUUCUACUGCAUCAGCUGGAAGCGAAAUUAAGAGUCGACCAGAAUCUGUUCAAUCUAAUAGAAGUAAUAUAAAUGAAGAAGAGGAUGAACCAUCAGAAGUGAUUGACAUGGUGGGAAAUUAUAUCUUGGGUGGUAUAUUUCAAGUGGAGUUAGUAGAAAUACCACCUCAACCUGUUCAGAAAGGAUGCUGGAUUAUACAACAAGUGGAAGACAUACCAAAACCAAGAUGCAUUCCUUUCUAUGUGAGAGUGGUUCCUCCCCGUCCUCCAAAACCUAACAUGAAACCCACCGAAGUGGCCAGCUUUGCAGAAUCUGAAAAUAAACGCUACGAAGAAGAACUGGUCAAUACUGCUUCCAUUUCUCUAACUUUACCAGAGAAUACCAUAUAUCUGGAUCAACCUAGACCAGCAUUCUGGUAUGCAAAGAAGAGCUGCUGGGUGGCAGAUGGAUUUCACGAAGUAAAGUAUAGAGAAGAAAACAGACAGCUUUCUUUUAAAGCCACUCGUUGGGGCAUAAUUGGAAUCGUGCAGAAUAAAUAUAUUAAUUUCCCAUAUCAGUCGUGGCAGCUUGUACCACAGAGUGACCUUGACUCUGCUCAAUUAACCAUAACCGGUUCUUUGGUAUCACUGACAAUAGAAAUUAACGAUAAAUUCUGUAGAGUAACCAGACUGCAAACGCUGGAAGACUCUGUAACACAUCCAAACAUAGGCAAAGAAUGGUCCAAACCUAAACAUCUUCUCAAAGAAUUGAAAGAGGCUGGAAUAUUUCUAACUCCUGAAGAAUCUGCAAAAUCAUAUUUAGGAAAUGCCCCAAAGGACAGUCAGUUAGAAGAUGAUGUUUAUAAACAGAUGGCAUUAUGCUCUAAUGUUUAUGCAUUUGGAUGGAGUCAUUGGAAUUCCACAAACAAGUCGCACAGAAUAGUGAUGAAGUGUGUUGAAAUGUGCAAAAGAGAAUCAGAGGGAAUGAACACAUUACUCAUGGUAGAACAAGAACGUGCUUUCUUCCUUCAAUGUCACGAAAUGAGUUCAUCUUUCAGCGAUGAGCCGUUCGAAAAUACUCAAUAUUUUGCAACUUUAUAUCAUCUUCUAUCAUCCCAUUUAUCUGAAGAAGGGCUCCAGAGGCAGAAGAAAUGUGGAAGUAUUUACUAUAAAAAUAUAUAUACACUUCUGUUGUCUAUAAAACUUUUAAGUUAUUAAUUUACCGACACGGCUGAAUUUGGACAAAUUAAAAAUAACUAUUCAGAUUAUUUUUUGUAUAAAAAUUAAGCUUUCGUGAAUUAUUUUUUAAUAAAUUAUUUACAGAUUAAAUUCCACAAAUUCUACAGAUUUAUG